AUAUAAUGUUUUGAUUAAUUCUAAUACCUUAUUUGAUGCAUGACGGGGUUUCUAUUAAUCCCCAAGAUGUUCCUGCGAGUUCAAAUGCAUGUGUUCUGGAUCCCUCUCAAGACAACAAGCCUCCCUAAGGUCACCACUCAAGCUUGGCUCCGGUUUCAGGCCCGAAGUCUGGUUCAAACUGUGCCCCAAACCCCUGGCAGCAGCAAGGCACCCAUGCUCCAAGUUUUGCUCAAGUUCUUGGCAGUAAUGUGGAUUUCGUCCUCAGAGGACCGCUCCUCUGAGGACUCCAACUCCUCCUCCUCGACCGGGUCUUCCUCUCCUGACUCCACGCCCGGUCAGGUUCCCAACUCCUCUAUUCCCGACCCGCAUCCUGUUAAUCAGAUGCCCGGUGAAACUUUCAUGGGGAGGGAUGACCCGGUCGAUGAUGAACCGGGCCCCUAUGACCCUGAACACGAAACCCGGGAUGCGUGGGAGGAGCGGCUUUACGCUGCCGGUUACUUUCCGCUUCCCACCUUCUACGUCCUUGACAUCCCUUCCCGUGUAUCCAAAAUCGCCCUGAACAAAAUUCGUAGGAGGCUCCCGGACGGGUAUACCCUCCUCUGGGUUUGGAGGGUAGAGUCGGGUGGUGAGGGUACCUCCCAGGCCCAGGAAGCAGCGGGGCAUGGGGUACCCUCCCCGGGCAACACUGCAGAGGCUGAGGGCCAGAACCACCCAGAUAUGGAGUUUGAGGAGUUCGCCAUCCCUGACGACCAACCAGCCGGGGAGACCGGGGGCUCCCAAGCCAAUCCUGCCAGGACCUUCCCGGUCAAUCCAGAGACCGUGGAAAUCCUUGAUGAAGAUGAGCCCCAAGACAACCGGUCUAAGGGGAAGGAAAAGGAAAAGGCCGGUCGUCGGGUGAAGAAGGUGGCCACCACGCACCCUUCCUAUGCCAAGAAGAGGGCAAGGUCGGAUCCUGAGCCGGCCGUCCACACCAUUGAAGAGGCCUUCAUUAAUCUGGGGCUGAGGCUGAAGGAGACGGGGGAGAUUGGGCCGCACACAGUGGACCGGUUGGGGAUGAGUUCCCCUUCCGAAGUCGACCGGCUGAAGAGGGAGAAAGAAGAGAUGGCACUCAUCCUGAGGAGCCAGGCUGAUGAGCUGAUCCGGCUAUCUGGGCUGGCCGGGGCAAUGAAGACCGAGAUCUCCCAACUGAAGGAGGAGAAUGGCCGACUCCUGGAUGAAGUCUUUGAAGCCAAGAGGGAAGUAGCGGAGAAGGAAGAAACCUUCCCCGGGCGCGCAGCUGCCUGGGUGGAAGAGAAUAAGGCUGAAGCUGCCCGGGUGCUGACGGCGACUCCAGAGACGACGAUGGAGUCCUUCAGGCUUCUGUACCGGGAGCCUGAAUGAAAGAAGAUGAUUACCGCGAUUGGAUCCUUCGGAUUCAAGAGCGGUCAAAAGAAGGACAGGAUCGCCUCUCACCGGGUACUGCUCAGAAGAGAUCCAAACUUCAGCGCUGCAUCCUAUGGCCUGGCUCCAAUCCCGG